AUGACUGCAUCCCAGCCGGUGCAUAUGCAGCACGCUUGUAACCCGCGCGACGAGCCGGCGCCGUGCAGCCAAGCGCCGUCUGUGAAGAUGUGGAUCAAGAGCUCAAAGUGGAUGUGUGGAGACCCACACGAUACCGUUGAGGAAGCGCCCUCGAGCGACGAGAGCCUAUGGGACGCCAGAUUGAGAGUCAUCAGGUCCCUUCCUUCAAACAUAUUCGGUACCCGACGGUUUUCUGCUAUCGGCGACGGUAAUGCAAAUGCAAGGGCGGAUCCACAGGCUUGGGCCUACCCAGCCUCUUCGAGCAGUGUGCCCAACGUCAUCCUCUCUCUCUCUCUCUACAAGACCAUUAAGCCCACAGUAUGCGUGAAACGCGUGCCCCGGAUUAGUGGCGAGAGAGGCUAUCGAAUUUUGAUCAGUACAUGA